AUGGCGCUUCCAAGUCGACGGUUGAAGAAGCACUGGGUGCGUCAUGGCUACUGUAGCAGCGAAGAAAAAGCUGACGAUGUGGCAAAAAUUCUGGUGAGGCUGAAGGAAGAGGGGAGGCUGGAGGAAGUUCGCCAUCUAUUCCGAGCCACCUGCUUUUGGACAAGACGUUCUCUAGUUGCACCUUCAGUCCUCAAACUACAGGAAGAUAUGACAGCAAAGGAUGGGCAGGAAGACAAUGCUUUCUGGACGGCUUGGGCUCAGGUCGUGCAAUUCAUGGAAAAGGAGCAAGUGCCUCUGAGCAUGGUGGAAGCAUAUCGUGGCGUUGCUGAGCUGGAUAGAAUUCUGCCCAUCGACCAACUGGACAGAGACGAUAUCCUGACGGAAGAACAGCGCGUGGAAACGUGGAUGAACCCAGCGGGGGCUGGGUGGCAUGAAAGUCAGCAGAAUCCCGUCUUCAAGACAUAUGUGGCAGCGCUGGUGAAGGCUAUUUGGAACCUGUCUGCCAGCAAGGACGCGCCAAACUCUGAGGUAUUCUACGUGUGA